UAUAAAUUAAAUAAAAUUUAAAUACUGUGAAUAAUAAACGUAAAUUGUCGUUUCUUUGUUCACAGAAACAUAUUUUCGUUUAUCAUCUCACAUAAUCAAUCCGAGAUAUUAUAAAACGACAAUUUUUGGUUUAUAAUGGGAAGAAAACUACAAUUCGCAUUUAAACGUGUGGCAUCACCGAGCGACAAAAAGACAGACGUGAUUGCCAUAACCUCUAUCACAACUGAGGACAAUGAAAAAUAUAUGUUGCCAGAAAAUGAAAAAUUUGUAAGUAACCACAGCGAACUAACAAAAACAAAAAGCUAUAAGAGAAUGGAAAAAAGCCUCAAUCAAAGAGACCAAAAAAGAAAAAUAUAGAUUAAAUACACACGGGAAAUGGACAGUACGUAUUUUGAUGAAAAUGGCAAUAUAAUGUUUAAUAAUCAAUAUCUAGAAGAAAUAGUAGAAACAAACAUAAUAGAACCCAUACAGAAGAAAGAAUACCAAAUAGAUUUAAAGGGUAUAUUGGAAAAAUUCAUGAUCGAAAAAUUUGGAUGUAGACCCUCAAAUGCAGAACAAUGGUUGGAGACAUUUGAAAAAGAAUGUCAAAGAUUCGAAAUUAAAGAAGAUAACACAAAAAUUGAAAUUCUAAGAUUAUUCCUUGACAGGGCAUGUUUAGACUGGCACUCAGCAACACUAACAGCGUUGACAAUAGAGGCUGGUUGGAACGAAUGGAUACAGAGAUUCUUGAAAUCAUUUGCAGACAUGGGAUGGAGUACAAGUACAUACGCUAUAUCCUACAGAUAUAAAGAAGGUUCACUAAUCGAAUACGCUAUAAGGAAAGAAAAACUAUUACUAGAUGUGGACAACAAUAUCGGUACAAAGACUCUGAUAAUGCUCAUAGCAGCAGGAUUACCAGAAUUCAUAAGAGAUAAAAUAGACAGAGAAAAUAGUCAAAACUCAACAGAAUUACUACAAGAAAUACAAAAAUGUGAAAAUCUAGUCAAUAAGAACAGUUUUACAAAAAAGAAAUUUGAAGAAAAGAAAUCGUGUAAGAAUUGUGAAGAACUAAACAAAGGCAUUAGAUAUCAUUCAGAGGACUCCUGUUGGUUCAAAAAGGAAAAUAGAAAGGAAACUAGAAUAAAUGGAAGCAAUUCGAUGAUAGAAGUGUACCUAUGCAAUGAACAAAAAAAAACGAAUAACCACACCAUUGAUCAAAGUAAAGAUAGUAUUAGAAGAGAAGUUAGAAGUAAACGGAACAUAUGACCCAGGCUCCCAAGUCUCUCUAAUAAAUUCGAGACUAAUUAAAAUAAAAAAAAAAGAGACAAAAGAUAAAAAUAAAAUAUUUUUAAAGACGGUCAAUGAUGUGAAACAAACAAAAGAUUUAGUAACCAUUAAAGUAAAAAUUUUCGAUAAAGAGGAAUACGUUGAUGUAUUUAUUGUAGAAAGAAAUGACUUUGAAGAUCUCAUUAUUGGGUUAGAUAUGAUAAAGAAAUUCAAACUAACUCAGGAUGAAAACUUAUAGAUAUCUCAAAAGAGAGAAAUACAAACAAAAAAAUAUAUAAAUACAUUGGAUAGAAAGAAAGAAAUAAAAGAAGUUAAAAUAAAUUUUAACGAACAUAUGAAUGAAGACGAAUUUAGAUUGAAUCUGAAUCACUUGGACAAUACAAAAAAAAA